UGCAGGAAAGAGGGAUCUGAGGGGGGAAAGAAGGUGUUUUGGAAAAUGUAUAGAAACAAUCUGGAAUCUUAGCUCAUUUUCUCAAAGAAGCAUCAUCUCUGCAACCUUUCGAUUGGAAUCUACACCAUCUUCCCUACAGGAUCCUACUUUUAUUUCUUCACCACUUCAUUCAAACUCACUUUAGUCAACAUGUGCGAGCAACCAGAGCCCAUCUGCCCUGUAAAUGCCACCAUCUGCACGGGCACGUCCUGCCUGGUGCCCCAUGAUCCAUUCAAUGACAUCCUCAGCGUGGUGAUGAGCACCACACUUACCAUCAUGCUGGCCUUGGUCAUGUUUUCAAUGGGUUGCACUGUUGAAGCAAGAAAGCUCUGGGUGCACAUCCGCAGGCCCUGGGGCAUUUUCAUCGGUUUCCUGUGCCAAUUUGGCAUCAUGCCUUUCACAGCCUUUGCGCUUUCAUUGAUUUUCAACGUGCUUCCAAUCCAGGCUAUAGUUAUCAUCAUCAUGGGCUGUUGCCCUGGAGGUUCCAGCUCCAAUGUUUUCUGCUACUGGCUUGAUGGAGACAUGGACCUAAGCAUCAGCAUGACAGCAUGUUCUUCAAUACUGGCUCUGGGAAUGAUGCCUCUUUGUCUGUUCGUCUACACCACAGUCUGGACUUCAGGCGAUGCUAUCCAGAUCCCUUACGACAGCAUCGGAAUCACACUAGUGACUUUACUUGUGCCUGUCUGUCUUGGGAUGUACACAAAACACAGGUGGCCCAAAGCAGCCAAAAAAAUCCUCAAGGUGGGAUCUGUGGUAGGAAUCCUCCUAAUCAUCAUCAUUGCAGUCAUAGGUGGUGUUCUGUAUCAGUCCUCAUGGACCAUUGCUCCUUCACUUUGGAUCAUUGGUACCAUUUAUCCAUUUAUUGGCUUUGGUCUGGGCUUUCUCCUGGCACGCUUUGUGGGACAACCUUGGUACAGGUGCCGCACCAUUGCUUUAGAAACAGGCAUGCAGAACUCCCAGCUGGCCAGUACUAUUACCCAGCUUUCCUUCAGUCCUGCGGAGCUUGAGCUCAUGUUCGCUUUCCCCUUAAUCUACAGUAUCUUCCAACUGGUUGUAGCUGGGAUUGCGAUAGGACUUUAUUACUCUAUAAAGCGCUGUAGGCGAGGGACAUCGGCAGAGGAGGAUGGGGAAGGUGUACGGAGCACAGUUGAGGAUCAGGAUAAGCAGAAUUACGCCUUGGAGAAUAGUGGCUUUCACACUGAUGAGAAUGGCAACACUGAGAAUAAGGACAAAGGUACAAAAUUGUGAGCCAAACAUCAUUCUGCUAGCCUGUGUAACCAGAGCGGUCAGCACUGACCUUCUGGAGGCAUGAACUUUGAACAUGCUAUUCAAGCUCAACCAGAGAGUAUAUGGAUAAACUCAACCCCAGUCGAGACAAGUGGAUACACUUUCCCACAUUAUAAAAAAAACAUUUAAAAACAUGUUUUUUACGUUGAGUAUGCCCACAGGUUUACUAACACAAAGCUGUAUUUUGUCUGUGUAUUUUGUGUUAUGUUUUGUUUUUGGUCUUCAACUUUCAAUUAAUAUACCUUAGAUUCAGCAUAUUUACUGAAAUACGCUGACUCUCCUCAAAUGCCCUAAAAAUGCUAGUAAUU